AUGGCGACGGAGGUCAGCGCUCAGGGCAGUGCCCGGUGGCAUGAGGAGUACAGCUUGUACAGCAGCCUGAGCGAGGAGGAGCAGGUCCAGCUGGCCAUCGAGCAGAGCCUGGCAGACAAGACGCGAGGCCCCACUGAGGCCACGGCGCCCACCCGGACCAACCAACAACCCGCCCAUUUCUACCCAUGGACCAGGUCCGCGGCGCCCCCCGAGCCCCCGCCGGCCCGAGCGCCCAUGGGCUUGUUCCAGGGGGUGAUGCAGAAGUACAACAGCAGCUUGUUCAAGUCCUCCCAGCUGGCGGCCAUGGACCCUGUGCUGAAGGCCAUCAAGGAAGGCAAUGAAGAGGCCUUGAAGGUCAUGAUCAAGGAUGGGAAGAACCUCGCUGAGCCCAACAAGGAGGGUUGGCUGCCACUCCACGAGGCUGCCUACUAUGGCCAGCUGGGCUGCCUGAAGGUCCUGCAGCAAGCAUACCCGGGGGCCAUCGAUCAGCGCACACUGCAGGAAGAGACGGCUCUGUACCUGGCCACAUGUCGAGAACACCUGGACUGCCUGCUGUCACUGCUCCAGGCUGGGGCAGAGCCUGACAUCUCCAACAAGUCUCGCGAGACACCACUCUACAAAGCCUGUGAGCGCAAGAACGCAGCGGCGGUGAGGAUUCUGGUGCAGCACAACGCAGAUGCCAACCAUCGCUGCAACCGAGGCUGGACGGCGCUCCACGAGUCCGUGUCACGCAACGACCUGGAGGUCAUGGAGAUCCUGGUGGGCGGCGGCGCCAAGGUGGAGGCCAAGAAUGCCUACGGCAUCACUCCUUUAUUCGUGGCAGCCCAGAGUGGGCAGCUGGAGGCGCUGAGGUUCCUGGCCAAGCAUGGUGCUGACAUUAAUACGCAGGCCAGUGACAGCGCAUCUGCGCUCUAUGAGGCCUGCAAAAAUGAGCACGAAGAUGUGGCAGAGUUCCUGCUGUCCCAGGGCGCUGACGCCAACAGGGCCAACAAGGACGGUCUGCUCCCACUUCACAUCGCCUCCAGGAGGGGCAACUACAGGAUCGUGCAGAUGCUGCUCCCGGUGACCAGCCGCACGCGCGUGCGCCGCAGCGGCGUCAGCCCGCUGCACCUGGCGGCCGAGCGCAACCACGACGCGGUGCUGGAGGCGCUGCUGGGCGCGCGCUUCGACGUGAACGCGCCGCUGGCGCCCGAGCGCGCGCGCCUGUACGAGGACCGGCGCAGCUCGGCGCUCUACUUCGCCGUGGUCAACAACAACGUGCGCGCCACCGAGCUGCUGCUGGGCGCGGGCGCCGACCCCAACCGCGACGUCAUCAGCCCGCUGCUCGUGGCCAUCCGCCACGGCUGCCUGCGCACCAUGCGGCUGCUGCUGGACCACGGCGCCGACGUCGACGCCUACGUCGCCACGCACCCCACCGCCUUCCCCGCCACCAUCAUGUUCGCCAUGAAGUGCCUGUCGCUGCUCAAGUUCCUCAUGGACCUGGGCUGCGACGGCGAGGCCUGCUUCUCCUGCCGCUACGGCAACGGCCCGCACCCGCCCGCCCCGCCGCGCGCGGGCCGCUUCCACGACGCGCCGGCCGAGGACAAGGCGCCCGGCGCGGUGCAGUUCUGCGAGUUCCUCUCGGCCCCGGAGGUGAGCCGCUGGGCAGGGCCCAUCAUCGACGUCCUCCUGGACUACGUGGGCAACGUGCAGCUGUGCUCCCGGCUCAAGGAGCACAUCGACAGCUUCGAGGACUGGGCUGUCAUCAAGGAGAAGGCAGAACCUCCAAGACCUCUGGCUCACCUUUGUCGUCUGCGGGUUCGAAAGGCCAUUGGGAAAUAUCGUAUAAAGCUCCUAGAUACGCUGCCUCUCCCGGGCAGGCUGAUUAGAUACCUGAAGUAUGAGAACACCCAGUAAUGGGCCUCAGGGAGAAGGAAUGGCCCUGCUUCCUUGACGUCUCAGGAGAGUGGUAUCCUGUGUCCAGAGGCCGCAGGGGCAGACGAAGGCUGCAGGCCGCCGCCUCUCAGUCAGGGCAGCGGCAGUGACCUUGCUGGGCUGUGGCAGAGCUUUGCCCAGAGCGAGGAGCACAGUGUGUCAGUAGGAGAAGAAUAAUUGUUUCAAACUGUUGUGUAGAUGAGGCCUUCUCUGCCAGUGAGAAGGGCAGAGACCUUCACCGGGAGGCCAAGGCGGAGCCUGAGGUGGUCUGGGCAGGGCAUGCUCAUGAGGCCCAGCUCCAGUUGGACUGUGUCUGGAAGACUUGUAGAGAUGAGUUUGCUGUCCGGGAUGACCUCAUGCCCCUCUCGUCCUUGUGAACCCCUCCACUGGACUCUGGACUUUCCCCCCAAAGGUGGGGCCCAGCACUGGGAGAAAGGACCUGGGUCUGGCCCAGGGGGCUUUUCACUGAGUUCAAAUAAAUGUUACACACAGAU